UAUCUGUGUAGAGGCAGAGGGAGGCUAACAGCACGCUGAGGGGAACUCAGAGGAAACAGACGCUCACAAUAUAGCCAGCCAGGAGUGAAGGAGGGGUCCACCUUGAGAGAGAGAGAGACAGACAGACAGAGAAAGAGAGAUAGGUGAGAGAGUGAGACAGAGAAAGAGAGAGGAAGAGAGAGAGAGAGAAGCAGAGAAAGAGAGAGAGAUAGGUGAGAGAGUGAGACAGAGAAAGAGAGAGGAAGAGAGAGAGAGGUGAGAGAAGCAGAGAAAGAGCGAGAGAUAGCAAAUAGUGAUUUAAUCUGAGUGUCUUGAUCUCUUUUGUCCUCAUGUCCAAGGAUUAAGUAGAGGAUCUACAGUACUGGGGGAUCUGGUCUUUCUACAGGUCUCUAUAUGAGAGAGGAGUCUCCCACCUGUCUUGUAGAUCUGGACUGAUGUCUUUUACGAUGGUGCAUACGGCUCCCCCAAGCCGCUUCCUCUUCUCCGACAUCAGCAUGAUGUCAGAGGACGAGGAGGAGAACGGCGGCAGCGAGAGCUCGGGCUCCGACUCCCAGAAGUCCUCCUUCCGUCUCAACGGCGGCUCCAACGGGUUUCAGAUCAAGGUGGGAAGCAGGAAGAGGAAGUUCUGCGGAGUUGCCGGGAGGCUGGCGGGGCCCCCGAUGGUGGCAGGGGCCCCGGUGGUGGAGGUGCGGCAGCGGAACGUGGCAAACGCUCGAGAGAGGGACCGCACCAACAGCGUGAACACGGCCUUCACUGCCCUGAGGACCCUCAUCCCCACCGAGCCAGCCGACAGGAAGCUGUCCAAGAUCGAGACUCUGCGGCUGGCGUCCAGCUACAUCUCCCACCUGGGUAAUGUACUGCUGGUGGGCGAGGCGUGUGGGGAUGGGCAGCCGUGCCACACCUCCACACCCCCAUUCCACCACCACACCCUCCACAGUCUCAGCCCCUCGCCCGACCGGGGCUCAGAGAACCAGCCCAAACACAUCUGUACUUUCUGCCUCAGCAAGCAGAGGAAAAUGAACAGAGACAGAGACAGAAAAACAACUGUAAGAAGAUAACGCCUGAAGGACAGAAACAUCCAGAGGAUAAAUAUCCAACGCUAUUGUGAAGGAUCAGUUCAAUUAGCCUAUUCUUCAAAUGAAAGUUGGAAUUACAGUUGCGUACUUAAUAAGAAUACAAUAUUUGUAUCAUGUGUAUAUAUAUA